CGGAAUCCCUUUGCCUGGGAGAAAAGCGCGAGCACAGAAGCCGACAGAAGUUGGGGAGGUCGAGCAGGGAAGGGUUGGUAGAAACCUCCAACAGAUUUCCUUUCCACUCGGGUUUGGUCGCUUGGACUCGGGAGGAACGUCUCUGCUUGCGUCUAGGGGCGGACGGUGGACGCGCUGCGCACGGCCCCGCCAGGGCUGGUAGUUUGCAGACCAUCCCUGCCGAGGCCCGCUCGCCCGGCAGCCCUGCGGCUCCCGCGGUGGCGGCGGCGGCGGCGGCCCCAGGCUCGAUCCAGCCCAGGUAGCCGCGCCUCUGGCUCUGGGGGCGCUGUGACCCCGCUCCUGGCUGCGCCUGGGACCCCCUGCCCUCCAGAGCACUGCUAUUGGAGAGUGACCCCGACUGCUGCUGAUGGUGCCUCUGCUGCUCCCCUACUAGCAGGAGUGAUUAUUAGCCGAAAGUGGACUUCGACGAGAGUCCGUCAGGCCAUGCUAGAGGUCAGCAUUGGUGCCUUGCUCUAUCACUCUUCAUCCAACCUGGAGCUUGCUGGUUCUGCUAGACUGGCUGGCAUCAGAAUGGAAGCCAGGCAAGGAAAUCAGCUGACUCAGGAGCCGGAGUGAGAGCCACACACCCUCUGCCCCAGCCUGCACCAUGAACUUGCCUUCACCUUCUACGUGUUGAGAGCCAAGGAAGGGGGACACACUCAAGAGAGAGAGAGAGAGAGAUGGCUUUCUUUACUCCCUGGAAGUUGUCUUCUCAGAAGCUGGGCUUUUUCCUCGUGACUUUUGGCUUCAUAUGGGGGAUGAUGCUUCUCCACUUCACCAUCCAGCAGCGAACUCAGCCCGAGAGCAGCUCCAUGUUGCGGGAGCAGAUCCUGGAUCUCAGCAAAAGGUACAUUAAAGCCCUGGCCGAAGAAAACAGGAACGUGGUGGAUGGACCAUAUGCUGGUGUCAUGACAGCCUAUGAUCUGAAGAAAACUCUUGCUGUGUUACUGGAUAACAUCUUGCAGCGCAUUGGCAAGCUUGAGUCGAAGGUGGACAAUCUCGUCAAUGGCACAGGAGCAAAUUCUACCAACUCUACCACAGCUGUCCCCAGCUUGGUAUCGCUUGAGAAGAUUAAUGUGGCAGAUAUCAUUAAUGGAGUUCAAGAGAAAUGUAUAUUGCCUCCUAUGGAUGGCUACCCCCACUGCGAGGGGAAAAUCAAGUGGAUGAAAGACAUGUGGCGCUCGGAUCCCUGCUACGCAGACUAUGGAGUGGACGGGACCCCCUGCUCCUUUUUUAUUUACCUCAGUGAGGUUGAAAAUUGGUGUCCUCGUUUACCUUGGAGAGCAAAAAAUCCCUAUGAAGAAACUGAUCAUAACUCAUUGGCGGAAGUCCGGACAGACUUUAACAGUCUCUAUAGCAUGAUGAAGAAGCAUGAGGAGUUCCGGUGGAUGAGACUUCGCAUCCGGCGAAUGGCUGACGCGUGGAUCCAAGCUAUCAAGUCUCUGGCAGAGAAACAAAACCUUGAAAAGAGAAAACGGAAGAAAAUCCUUGUCCACCUGGGGCUCCUGACCAAGGAAUCUGGCUUCAAGAUUGCAGAAACGGCAUUCAGCGGUGGCCCUCUUGGUGAACUAGUUCAGUGGAGUGACUUAAUUACUUCUCUGUACCUACUGGGCCAUGACAUCCGGAUCUCAGCUUCGCUGGCUGAGCUCAAGGAGAUUAUGAAGAAGGUUGUUGGAAAUCGGUCUGGCUGUCCUACUGUAGGAGAUAGAAUUGUUGAGCUUAUUUAUAUCGAUAUUGUGGGACUUGCUCAAUUUAAGAAAACUCUAGGACCAUCCUGGGUUCAUUACCAGUGCAUGCUCCGAGUGCUAGAUUCCUUUGGAACAGAGCCUGAGUUCAAUCAUGCAAGUUAUGCGCAGUCCAAAGGCCACAAGACCCCCUGGGGGAAAUGGAAUCUGAACCCACAGCAGUUUUACACCAUGUUCCCUCACACCCCAGACAACAGCUUUCUGGGCUUCGUGGUCGAGCAGCACCUGAACUCCAGCGACAUCCACCACAUUAACGAGAUCAAAAGGCAGAACCAGUCCCUUGUGUAUGGCAAAGUGGAUAAUUUCUGGAAGAAUAAGAAAAUCUACUUGGAUAUCAUUCACACGUACAUGGAAGUGCAUGCCACUGUUUAUGGCUCCAGCACAAAGAACAUUCCCAGUUACGUGAAAAAUCACGGCAUUCUCAGUGGGCGUGACCUGCAGUUUCUUCUCCGGGAAACAAAGCUGUUUGUUGGGCUGGGAUUCCCCUAUGAGGGUCCAGCUCCACUGGAGGCCAUCGCAAAUGGAUGUGCUUUCCUGAACCCCAAGUUCAACCCUCCCAAAAGCAGCAAAAACACAGACUUCUUCAUUGGCAAGCCGACCCUGAGAGAGCUGACAUCUCAGCACCCGUACGCAGAAGUCUUCAUUGGCCGGCCACACGUCUGGACUGUGGAUCUCAACAACCGCGAGGAAGUAGAGGAUGCAGUGAAAGCCAUCUUAAACCAGAAGAUUGAGCCGUAUAUGCCCUUCGAGUUCACAUGUGAAGGGAUGCUGCAGAGGAUCAACGCUUUCAUAGAAAAGCAGGACUUCUGCCAUGGCCAAGUGAUGUGGCCUCCCCUGAGCGCCUUGCAGGUGAAGCUGGCUGAGCCUGGGCAGUCGUGCAAGCAAGUGUGCCAGGAGAACCAGCUCAUCUGCGAGCCAUCUUUCUUUCAGCACCUCAACAAGGAAAAGGACUUGCUGAAGUAUAAGGUGACCUGCCAAAGCUCAGAACUGUACAAGGACAUCCUGGUGCCAUCCUUCUACCCCAAGAGCAAGCAUUGUGUGUUCCAAGGAGAUCUUCUGCUUUUCAGUUGUGCUGGGGCCCACCCCACACACCAGAGGAUCUGCCCCUGCCGGGACUUCAUCAAGGGCCAGGUGGCCCUCUGCAAAGACUGCCUAUAGCACAGCCACCCCAAUUUAUUCAGAUGGGAAAGAGGUGGCUCCGCUGGGCAGGGCCAGGGGGCCGAAGUCAUUCAGGGACUCUGACCAGAGCCCAAACUCUUUGGUCCAGGGCUUGGAUUUGGUACUGCUCCAGCUGCAGCCAGCACAUCCCAAGAGUUUACAUCAAAACCACAAGAGAAGAGAGGUCAGACCAGGGUCCUGGCUUCUCCCUGGUGCAACGAAUGUCCUCUCUGUCCCAGAAAGUGUCCAGGCAGCUGCUCCAGGGUUAUUUUUUUUUUUUUAAAGAAAGGAUAAAAGUCUGGAGACUCAUUCAACUGAAAAAAAAAAAAAAAACAGGAAGAGGAAUUAAGCGGAUUGGAAAGAACUUUGGGGACAUUCCUAAACCCAUUAAUUUAUUUAUUUGGGAGGAUGGGGGUGGGGUUGGGAGGGAGGAAAGGGGUUGAACAGAGUUUCCUUUUUGUCCCCCACUGUUAAUCACCCACCUUCAAGGAUCUUCUUGUUCUGCUGGCAUCAGGCAGAAUGCAGAGGUGGUAUGCUGGAGGGCAGCUAUGGGAGCCUGGCUUCUGGUGGCCGGGAGCAGCACAGGGGGAAAAAAUGUCUUUAAGAGUAGGGAUGUGGCUCAGUUUGCAGAA